UCCUGGUUCAUAUCACGGUCUCGGCGACUCGUGGAACACCACGCAGCAUCAACUUUUUAAGAAUGUAACUAGUCGAGUCUUAACUCGUUAAAAUACUUUUAACUGGAAUAGUGUUGACAUUUACUGUUGCUGGUAGACGUUUCGCCACGGCAUGAGUCCUUAGACUCAGUGCUGGUUUCGCUCUCAUUGGACUACCCAGCUAAGCUAGCUAACUGGCUAGUUAGCAAGCUAUAUUGCUUUCCAAAAUGACUAACUGCUGUGCUGCAGCCAAUUGCGACUACCAGCAAGAAGGACCUGAUAGCAGCAUCCCACUUUUCAGCUUUCCCUUGGACCCGGAGCGCUGCCAACAAUGGUUGACGAACUGUUGUCGCCAAGAUUUGGCGUCGCAACCUCCAGAGGAACUGCACAAACUCUACAAACUUUGUGCAAAACAUUUCGAGCCCUCUUUGAUAACUGUUCAGAAAUGUCUCUCGAAUGACGAUGCUGUUCCAACAAUAUUUGAUUUUGGUGUACCCACCAAUAAUGAAUCAACGUGUAACAGGAAACGUGCCGGAGGCCCUGUGGAAGAGGAACCCACUGUGAAGAAGACAAAAGAAAACAUAGAAACACCGAAAGUGACUGAGGCGACAAAAGAAGUUUCUAGCGAUGACAUCACAACACCUGAACAGAGAGAUAACCAAGCUCAAGAGAAUGUAGGCGGCCACAGAGCCAAAGAGACUCUUAAGGCCUAUUUUAAGGAAAUUCUGGCACUGACUGGAUUCAGCAUCAACGGUGGCAACAUCAACACAGACGAGUCGACUGGCGGCGCAAGGGAUCAGCAUUCUCUGAAGAAAAUCUGUGAGGAGAAAAUUGAUAAGAAGGAAAUCCUGCAGUUUAGUGAGAGCCUCAUGCGAGAGGAGAUCCAGAACAGCCUGAGACAUGCCCGAUUCUUCUCUAUUUUGCUCCAGAAUGUGACCACUAUUGAGGGAAAGGAGCAGAUCCCGAUUUUCAUUCGAUCCGUCACAGAGGCCGGGUUCCCCCAAAAACACCUUGUUGGUUUCCUGCCUUGCGAUUUGGAUGCGGACAAUCUUUUUAACCAUCUUAUCUCAGAGUUAAGAAGUAAGUGGGGCUUACGGAUGGAGCAUUGCAGAGGGCUCUCGUAUCUCGUUAGUGGACGUAUGUGUCAGCCAAUGCGAGACCUCACGUGCAAAAUUUUGCUGGAAUUUCCGCAAGUUGUUUUAUCACCCAGUGACCCGUAUGCUUUUAACAUAUGGAUUAUUCGCUGCAUGCCGGUGCCAACGAUUCAAACCAUCGUAGACACGGUCGAAGAAGUGGCCUCGUUACUCAGGAACACACCUGAGCUGUACAAAAGAUUGGAAGGGAAAAUCCAGAUGACAUAUGGCCAUAUAAAGGGAGAAGUGGAUCGAAUUAAAGCCAUCAUCAGUGUGAAGUGGGAGUGUGGCACUGAUGCCUUCCAAACUAUGUUGGAUAUCUUGGAGCCUUUCCUGAACUGCAUCAAUGAAAUGAUUUCAAAGGUGGAUGAAGAUGCAGCCGAACAGAUGGCCAAACUCAAGCCAGUUCUGAAGAAUUUUAAUUUCAUCAUGACAUUAGUUGUUCUCAAGAACACCCUCUGCUGUGUGAGCAUACUCAACUCCAGUCUCAGGGGAAUAAUUAGCAUGAGCAGUACCUUGCAGUACACCAUUUCAAAUGCCUUAAAGCUGGUCAACAAAUACCAACAGGACAUUGCCAUAUUCAACAGAAAAUGGUUUUCAGACGCCGUCAGUCGAGCCAAGAAGCUUGGCGUUGAAGUCGUUAAACCCGAGAUUGACCACGGAGAUUCCGAUGACACCCAGCUGGAAGACUUUUACAGAGAAACUUUAGCCCGGCCCAUCUUGCAGUAUCUUGUUGCGGAGGUCAAGCGGAUUUUCAGUACGGAGAUGGUGAGGAUUCUGAGAUGGCUCUCUUUAGUGCCGUCCUACAUGGCCGACCACAAUUUCAGCAUUCGCCGCGAUAAAGUCGCAGACGCCAAUUUGAACAACCUUGCAAGGCCUGACACAUUCUAUGAAGAGCUUGGUUGUUGGGAAGUCAAAUGGAGGCACGCAAGCAAGCGCAGGAUUCUGCCAACCACAGUGUUUGCUACACUGAAAAUACCAGACAUCGGCUUUUACCCAAACGUGCAGAGCUUGUUGCGAGUGUUGGGCACUGUGCCAUGCGUAAAUGCCGAGGCAGAUGUUUAUGGGCAAUACCACAUGGUACUGGAACGAUGCCACGCCUACCUGAAAGACACUCCCGAGGACCGAAGACAGUUUAGCUCGGCAUAUGUCUAUGUCAACCAAGAUGUGCAUUUCAAUGUUGACCAAAUGGUGGAGUCAUAUGUCCAGAAGCAUCCAGACAUACUGCAGAUGUUACAAACUGAUGAAGAAGUUAUAGAAAAGCCUUCGAAAGCGGCAAGCCAAGGAAACCAUGCCGAAAAAAACACCGAAGAUGAAUUACAAGUAAUGAACAUGGAGAUGGAUGCUGAGAGUCUUGUAGAGAUGAAGUGUGCCGAGACAGAUAGAGAAGCUUUGAAGUCGGCUCUGCAAGCCGCAGUGACUGCUGCGUACACCAGCCAAAGCUGGGAACAAAGUGAGGUUUCUCCUGCUCAGGAUGGAGAAGUUGACUAUGUCACCAAGUCUGAAAUGAAAGAAGUACUGACUGUGUGUGAAGAUGCGGUCAGAGCAGGAAUUCUCACGGAAGCCGGGAGUUCAUUCUUUUCAUUGUUCAUCGAUCGUGUUGUAAAGAUCGGGGCAAAGGACUAUCUUCCGCUCUUCCUUCGGUUUGUGGACAGUUUCGAUGUCAUGCGACUGGAGUUGAUGGGAUUCCUGGAAGCAGAUCUGGAUUGUGACGCUAUGGUGCGUCGCCUCUUGGAAAUCGUCACGGAAGAGUGGCGCCUUGAUUUGAAUAACUGCAGAGGUCAGGCUUACCUCGGAUCUGGUGAUGUGUCUUACAAACUCAAAGCUUUUGCUUGCAAAGUGCAGGAGAAGUAUCCCCUUGCCAUUAGCACACAUUGCUCUUGCUACUCAUUCAACACAUGGUGGUCAAAAUCUAUCCCAGUGCCACUGGUUAAAAGAGCCCUUGACACAUUUGAAGAGGUGGUGAUGUUUUUUGGCAGCAGGACUGCUCUAGAAAAACAGCUGGAUCAUGUUAUCGCCUACGGUCUUCGGGAAAGCUACGAAAAGGUCCAGGAAUUGCAGGGGACCUACUGUUCCCUUUGGCAAGAAAUGCAUGACUCGUAUGAGGUGUUUGUGCAGAUGAUGGAGCCCCUCGUUGAGUGUCUUGAAAAAGUUAAAGACAAUCCACAGAGGUGGAAAAACGAUGUUUCUGAACAAGCCGGGGUCCUCUUAAACAAAAUAAUGCAAUUUGAUUUCAUUAUCGCUUUGGUUAUCCUCAAGAAUACCUCUUCAUUUACCAGAGAGCUGAGCGCUGGUCUUCAGCGAGAUCAUUUCAAUACGGCAUUCCAACUUUGUCAAAUCACCGGCAUCGUGGCGACUUUGAACAGAAUCAAAACAAAUUUGAAAGUAUUCCACCAGAAUUGGUUUGACGAAGCCAGUGCGAUCGCACAAAGUCUAAGAGUGCCCAUAGAAAUUCCCAACAACACUUUGCCAAGGGACACCUUAAUAAAGCCAGUCGGUUUUUAUAAAGACAGUUUAAGUGUGCCCUUAGUGGAUAACCUCAUCAAUGCCGUCAAGGAUCAUUUUUCAGAGGAUCACAAAGAAGCUCUUAAUUUCCUCUCCCUGGUCCCUUGCUUGGUGACAGUGAGUUACAUGUUUGAGAGCUUAAAAUCCAAGCCGCCUCUCUACAGUAGCGAUCUUCCUGACGCUGACAACUUCUUCACCGAACUCUGCUGUUGGAGAGUCACCUGGAAGACAAAAGUUGCCUCCGUGACCAUCCCAAAUUCAAUAUUUCAAACGCUGCGCCUGCCGCUCAUGCCGUACUUUGGCAACAUCAACGCACUCCUUCGGAUUAUGUCCGUGCUCCCCAGCACAGCCCUUGAGGACUGUGGAGUUGUCAUGCGCCACAAGAAGUUCCAAGAGUACCUGCGGAAUACAAAUCCCAAAGACCGCUCCCCCUGCUUAGCUGUGCUCCAGGUCGGCACAGAUUUCAACAGAGACCUUGACCGCAUGGUGAGCCAGUGUUUGAAGGUGACUCCGCAAGCCCUGGAAGGUAUCUGUUUGGAUAAGGAAGCCAAAAGUUUAAUCAGGAACUCUGACAAUAUGGAAGUGGCAACAUCUGUCAAGGUGGAAAGUUAUGAGAUGGAAAUUCAGCAGGGUCCUGACGUGACGGAUGAGCAACAACAUAUGAAGCCAGUAGAUGAAAAUGGACAAAUUGGAGAUAACCGUCAAAGUCUGGUGACGCUAUUUAGACAGGCUGCCAUCCUUGGGAAAAAAAAUAUCAGCAUCACGGACCUCUCCGAAGAGGAAAUAGAGCGUUUCACCCAGGAGCUCAACCUGUGCCACUGGUUUAAGAAGGAGAACAAAUGUGCACUGUCCAUGAGUGAAGCUGAAAUUGUGACAUUACUCAUAGACGGAAUCCGAGAUGUCAUACUGAUGGAGAUACAGGAGUCCCCAUUCUUCUCACUUAUCACAGACAAACCCGUAAAGAUCGCUGAUGAGACUCACCUACCUGUUUUUGUCAGGUAUGUCCGAGAAUCUGCUCCCAAAGUAGAGCUGAUCGGUUACUUGCCGUAUGACGAAAACUGUGAUGUGGAUACACAAGCAAGAAAUCUUACAAAAAUACUAACAGAAUCCUGGGGCUUACCGAUGGCACAGUGCCGAGGACAAGCAUUCAUGCACCUGGGCUCAGGUUACCAAAGCCUGAAGAAAAUGUCUUUGGACAUCCUCGAGACUUAUCCACUGUGUGUGGUAACACCAAGUGAGUCCUGUGGCUUGGCCCAUUGGCUGGUAGGCAGUGUGCCAUGUCCUUCGGUGGCAAAAAUGCUGGAUAUAGCAGAAGAUUUGCUGCUAUUCUUUGGUGACUCCCCCCGUCUCGAAGAACAGUUGGCACAGGCCGUUGAGGGGCUGUUGAACAUGCCAAGGGAGGCCUUGGAGGAAAUUCCAGAGACAUUCUGUUCCAGGUGGAAGAAGAGAGAGGACUUCUUUGACAUACUUGCUGACACACUGGAGGGCAUUCUCAGUUGCCUCGACACCGUCUGUUCGAAUGCCAGAGGUGCCAUGUCAAUGCAUGCUCAAGUUCUCUCCGCUGCGCUGAAGAGCGUGGAUUUCAUUGUCACCCUUGUGGUCCUGAAGAAUGCUUGUGCUCCUCUUCGUAACUGUAGCACCGUCUUCCGCUGUGGGAACCCUGCUGAUAUUCUUUGUGAAGUGGAAAAGAUCCCUCUAAUCAUAGAGACUCUCAACAAAAUGUUGGAAAAUGUCAGCACGGUACACUCCACUUGGUUUGAACAGGCAUAUCGGUUAGCAAGCAAGGUAGCCCCUCAUCAAAUCUGUUUCCCUGAGGAGGCCGGCAACUACGAUUCUCCAGAGAUAUACUACAGGGAAACUCUGAGCAUCCCCCUCCUCAAAAGUCUCAUUGAUGAAAUGAAGUACAGCUUUUCAGACAACCACUUGAAGGCUCUAUCGAUCUUGUCUCUACUGCCAUCCUGCAAUCCACAGCCCAUUGUUCCAGAAUCCACAGACAAACAUUUCAACUUCUACCUGUCAGAUCUUCCAGAGCCGGAUACACUUGAUCAGGACAUCAAUGCAUGGGCCGCAGUAUGGAGAGACAAAGACCAGGAUGUUGCUCCUCCAACAUCCAUCGCCGAAACAUUAGUUCAUCCCGAGUGUAAGAACCACCCAACAAUUAUUUUACUGCUCCGGCUGGUCGCGGUGCUGCCCAGUGUCAGCAUUGAAUGUGACCUCAUGAAGUCCACUUUGAAUUCAAUGAGGGAUAUUUUAAGGAACACUGUAUGCAAAGGUAACAGGACAGCUCGUGUGAUGCUCCUCUCUCACAACGCGACGCUGCGGCGGCUGCCCGAAGUCAUUGGCAAGUGUAUUGAGGUUGAUCCAGAGAGCAGUCCAUGUCUUUCACAGGUGAUGGAAACUUUACGAGGCCUAAAUCUCGACAGGGGGGCUGACACAGAAGAGUUGUCAAACCGGGCGUCGCCCUCAGCAUCCGACCCUGCCACCGAAGCAUCUGAGAAGCUUCCAGGCGGAGAGGAGAAAUCUACUGAAACCGAAGUGGUUCUGAAAUCGAUUCAAGAACCAAGACUACCAGUGUCUUUCUAUGAGCCGCAGUUGCGCGAAGAAAUUAUCAAGGAACUCUGGGAUUCUCAGUUCUUCACAAUUAUCACCGAACAGACUGUUGAGAUUGACGGUGAGGUUUAUGUCCCGCUGUGCAUCAGGUACUUAAACAAAGAGGACUUCCAGUGUGAGGAAACGCUUGCUUUCAUCCCGUUCGUCGAAGACUCUGCUGUCCUUUUAGAGGCGGUUGAGACCGCGCUCUCUGAAAAAUGGGGGCUUAACAUGGCGUAUUGUCGGGGACAGGCCUUGCUCAGUGUCGGGAAAGCUGGAACUCAGAUAAGAGCUGUAAGCUUAGCAAUAGCCAACAAAUACCCUCAGGCAGUCAGAACAGUGAGCUAUGGUUUGUCCCUCAAUGUGUGGUUGGCCAAGUCUUCCCCAACAGAAGAAGCAGCCGAACGAACAGGGCAGAUUGAUAAAAUAUUACAGUGGCUGACACAGGACGCGGAACGGCAGAACAAACUGGAGGAAAUGAUCCUCCACGUGUUUCAGAGCAAUGAAGGAAAAGGGAACGAGCUGAGGGAUAUGCUGAUGAAGAAUUGGGAGAAGAGUCACGACAUGCACGAGGUGAUGGUAGAGAUUAUCGAAGCUGUCUUGCUUUGCCUAAGUGAGCUCAAACAUCAGGGAAGUGUAUCGGACCAGCAGCAAGCAUCGCGGUUCUUUGAUUCAAUCAGAAACUUUGAGUUCAUCUUUUCAUUGGUGGUGCUGCGACACGUCUUGCACGAAAGCAAAAAGCUCAGCCAGUCUCUUCAGGGCAAGCCCUUAGACAUGCUACUUGCCCUGAACACUUUGCCAGAUCUCAACGCUUCUCUCAGGAAUUUGAUGAGCGAUAUCGACGCGCACCACAAGGCAUGGUUUGAGGAAGCCGUCACGCUUGCAUCCAAACUCCACAUCCCCUUGCUACAUUCAGUUCUCCUCGAACCGCUGAGCGAGUUUUACAAAAAUGCACUAAGCCUGAAAUUUGUCGAGCACUCGAUAGCGGAAAUUGACAACCUCUUCACCGAAAAGGUGAUGGAUACCAUUCGGUGUCUGGAGAUUGUGCCUUACGCAAUGUCCAAAGUCGAAACCAGCACUCUUGGCGGUCUCGUGCUGCGCCUGUACAGAGAAGACUUGCCGGAUGAGGCCUCGCUUCAAGAUGAGAUCAAGUUGUGGAAGGAGAAGUGGUUGGACCCCCUGGCGGGCUAUCUUCCGACGACUGUCCUCGACACCCUCAAGACGUCACAGAUAAGAAGUUUUAGUAAUAUUGAGACUCUUCUGCGACUGCAGGUGAUUUUGCCAUUUUCCAGAAGGGAGAGUAACUUCAAGCAGGGAAAGAGAAGCUUACAAGAGUUUAUACAGCAGGAAAACCGAUCCCUCACUGAGCUACAUCCUCUGUAAUAGCCACAAAGCUGCAGGUCUUCCCAUUCUAGAGAGACUCAAAAACAGUUCAACUCUUGAGGUGUGAAAUCAACAUUUCUCUGUACAUUCUUGAUUUCAUGGGUUCUCCUUUUGUCGAUAAUCUGUUCCCCAAUGGUUUUUGAUAUAUUUGAUUUUUUUUUCCUGUAGUUUGUACAGAAGUCCUGUCAAAUGGGACCAACAUAAGGGUUGGCAAAAGGGUGGGGUGGGGGAUUAAAAAAAAAAGCAAUGAUCAAUGCUUGUGUGCCUUGAUGCAAAACAAAUAUUUCCUAUGAUGUAACAAUGAAAGGGUCCCAUUGGCAUUUGAAACAACAACAACAACAGCAGUUUUCUCAUGACCAGAAAUGGCCAGGCUGUCAUCGGUAUCACUUUUUACAAGUUAUUUUAUAAUUAAACGUCACACUUUUCCUUUACUUUGUGCACGCAUUGAAAUGCUUACAUCGUUUUGUUGAUUUCCCAUAUUUUAUGUCCUAUUGCAAAACUGUAUUUGCUGUAAACCUAGCUUUUAAAGAAUGUCUCCUUGAUAGGAAAAGCAUAUAUAUUUGUCAAAAAAGUAAUAAAAGUGUCCCAAAAAGUAA